AUUAUGAAUUAAAACGAACUGAGCAUAUUUUUGUAAAUAUUCACAACAAAUAAACAUCUCUCGCGACUAUUAUCCAUUAUAAUAAGUAACCAUAAUAAGUAUUAAUCAGCAAAAUUCGUAGCAUCAGGUAUAAUAAAUGGAUUUUUUACUAAAGAACACAAUUCUAAACACCUUAUAAAUAAAAAUGUAUUUACUCAAUAACAUCAAUCACAGUCAACAUAAGUACUAUCUAUAUCCGUCUAGGUCCUACCUAUAUUAUCUAUAAAAACAUAAACUACCUACCAAAAUAUUUUGUAUGUAAUUGUAAAUUGAAUUCGAAAGUUAAGGUUUAACCACAGAAUUAUAAAAUCCUCAAAAAGGGUUAAACCCAGAACGAAUGUAACUUGAAUGUAUUAGUCAAUAAUUGAGCCUUUAUUUCUACUCAAGUCAAAUAGGUACCUCUAAACCGCCAAGUGUCCUUCAUCACUAUUUUCAUGUGAUGUAUGUACUUUAAACAGAUGACUGAUUUAUCAAGAUCUUUAUUGUGUCUGAAUGAAACUUCACAUCCUUAUUAAACCCGUGCUUAAGCUACAAUUGUACAAUUAACUGAACAUAAAAUACACAUAAACAAAGUGAGGCUUUGGAUUAAUGAUCUAUCCUCAAUUUUUCCAACCACCCUAAAAUGACUAGCAGGAAUAUGUAUAUUUAUUAAUUAGGAAGCAUAGCAAAACUCGUGGAGGGAUUAGGUAUCUAAUCAUUUUACUCGCUGAUAAAGGUAGACAUGAUUGGUAACAUUCAGAAAAUUGUUGUUCUUUUUAUCACAAAUAUUGUCAGUACUUAUCAAAAUCUCAAUAGAUCAGCCGGUUGUACUUAUUUAAUGAAGCGUUGUUGAAUGUGGUGGUUUCUCCGACAUACCGAUCUAAAUAUGCUGACUUAGAUAUAAUAUGACAGAAAGACACGAUGGUACAGCCACAGACAAGGAGCGGGCUUCAGAUGUAAAUGUCCCACCAAUAGAUGAUCCGGAGUCCACCGAUGCUUCCUCAUUUACUGGAUUGUAUAGAUUUGCCACUAGACCACAAAAAUGCGUGAUAAUAAUUGGAGCUAUAAUAGCUCUGAUUUGUGGCGCUCUCCAACCGCUCAACCACUUGCUGUUCGGGGAUCUAACUCAAAUCAUCAUCGAGUACAGUGAGGCUUGUUUGAACCCCAAUUCCACUAAUUGCAGUGUCGCAGGCGACAAUCUUUCAGCAGGAAUUAAACACUUUGGGAUAUGGAGCUCCAUAAACGGUGUCGCUAUUAUGAUUACUGGCUAUCUGGCUACUGAGGCUUUCAGCUACAAUGCCAUUAAACAAGUCUUCAGAGUGAGGUCGCUCUAUCUGCAAAAGCUGCUCAACAAGGACAUUUCCUGGUUCGAUGUGCACAAUUCAGGAGAUUUUUCCAGUAGAAUGGCUGACGACUUGUCCAAAUUUGAGGAUGGCAUUGGGGAAAAAGUACCACUCUUCUUAACCCUUCAAGGGUCGUUUAUUUCCGCCAUCACUCUAGCUUUGGUGAAAGGAUGGGAGCUGGCUCUAAUUUGCCUUAUUUCUCUGCCAGUUUCUUUUAUUGCUGUUGGCCUGAUCGCUUAUUUGACUACCCAGUUCUCGAAAAAGGAACUAGACGCUUAUGCUGAAGCUGGUUCAAUUGCAGAGGAAGUUAUAACGUCGAUUAGAACAGUCAUUGGGUUUGGAGGAGAAAAACUGGAAACUCAGAGAUAUGAGAAGAACCUGAUUUUUGCAAAGGAUAACAACAUCAGGAGGCAUUUUUUCGAAGGUAUCGGUUAUGGUAUGCUGUGGUUGUGCAUUUUCUCCAGCUAUGGCUUGGCCUUUUGGUAUGGCAUCAAACUUAUGCUGGAUGGAAACCCCGUGUACACCCCUGGAAACAUGUUAACCGUAUUCUUUAGCGUUAUGGCCGGCAGUAUGAGCUUUGGAUCGGCCUCACCUUUCAUUGAGGCUUUUGCCACCGCCAAAGCGGCAGGAAGAAAGAUUUUCCACAUGAUCAAAACUUCCCCGAUAAUCAACCAAUCGAAGAACAAUGGAGCUAAGCUGGCUCAAGUGAGGGGCAAUAUCAAGCUUCAAAAUGUCAAGUUUCAAUACCCAUCCAGAAAGGAUGUGCCAGUUCUCCAAGGAAUUGAUCUGGAGAUCCAGGCUGGAGACACAGUGGCUUUGGUCGGCAGGUCUGGAUGUGGGAAGUCCACUCUUUUGCAAUUGGUGCAAAGGUUUUACGAUCCUCUACAAGGCCAGGUUUUCAUUGAUGAGAAAGACGUCAAAGAGCUGGAUCUAUCCUGGUACCGUCAAUAUAUCGGUGUGGUCAGUCAAGAACCUGUUCUGUUUGGCACCACAAUUGCAGAAAAUAUCAAAUAUGGAAACAGAGACGCAACCGAACUAGACAUUGUUCAAGCAGCAAAAAUGGCAAAUGCUCAUCAAUUCAUCAAAGGAUUGCCUGGGGGUUAUCACACUUUAGUUGGAGAAAGAGGCGCUCAACUAUCUGGAGGGCAGAAGCAGAGAAUUGCAAUUGCUAGAGCUUUGGUGCGAAAUCCCGCCAUUUUAUUACUGGAUGAAGCCACGUCGGCAUUGGACACAAAUAGUGAAGCCAAAGUGCAAGCUGCAUUAGACAGAGCUAGUGAACAUCGAACUACCAUCAUUGUGGCGCAUCGGCUCAGUACGAUUCGCGGAGCUAAUAAAAUCGUUGUUAUUAGCGACGGAAAAGUGGUGGAACAAGGCACUCAUGAAGAUUUAAUGGAGUUGAAAAACGAAUAUUACGCUUUAGUGACGACUCAGGUGCAUAGUAGUGAGCAGUUUGAGAACAUCGGCGAGGCAAGUGAGAAGAAAAUCUUUGACUCCGUUGAGGAUGACGAUGAGGACUUUGCACCAAAACGGGUAAAUCUGGUUAGGAUGAUUAAAGUAGCUGAGAUUAAUCAUGAAGCACUUAAGGAAACAGAUGAAGAAUCCGAAGUCGACAACUACGUAAAAACUGCCUCCUUAUGGUCGAUAGUGAAACUGAAUUCCCCCGAAUGGCUCUCGCUCUUUCUUGGCUGCUUUGGAGCAGCGGUCAUGGGAACAGUACUUCCAAUAUUCGCUGUUCUCUUGGGAAGUAUUCUACAGGUGUUGCAAGACAGCGACAAAAACUAUGUGAGGCAGGAAACUAACAAAUAUAUCCUAUAUUUUGUUCUUGCUGGCGUUCUAGCGAUGUUUGCUACGUUUUUACAGUUAUAUAUGUUUGGAAGAGCUGGCGAAAACCUGACUCUCCGAAUGCGAAGUCGUAUGUUUGACGCACUGCUUAAGCAGGAAAUGGGGUAUUUCGAUCGAAACGAAAACGGAGUUGGGUCUCUUUGUGCCAAACUAUCGAACGAGGCCUCUCAAGUGCAAGGGGCCACCGGCCAGCGAAUUGGGGCGAUCGUCAAUUCUCUAGCCACUCUGAUCCUAUCAGUUUUCUUUGCUGUUUACUACGAAUGGAGGUUGGGCUUAGUUGCAAUGGUUUUCGUACCUUUGAUUAUUGCAGCCACGUUCAUUCAAAAAAAGCAAAUGUCGCAGGAGAGCGACGAUUACAAGGAGUCUUUGGAAAAGUCCACUAAAAUUGCUGUUGAGGCCGUCGGCAGUAUUCGAACAGUUGUAUCCUUAGGCUGCGAAAAAACCUUCUUCAAGUUGUACAUCAGUGAGCUAAUGCCUCACAUUAAGAAAUGUCUCAGGAAUACCCAUGCCAGGGCGUUUAUUUUGGGUUUUUCUAGAGCUAUUAUGAUUUUCGCAUUUUCCGCCUGUUUAGUCUACGGAGGCUAUCUGAUUAAACACGAAAAUGUUCAAUAUGGCGUAGUGUUCAAGGUUGCGCAGGCUUUAAUAAUGGGUACAGUUUCCAUAGCAAACUCACUAGCAUUUACACCCAACUUCGAAAAAGGAUUGGUAGCAGCACGUACAGUGAUGAACAUGAUUAAUAGAAUCCCGAAAGUCAGCAACAGCCAAAACGCUCUUAUCAAGAACACUGCGGAUGGCAACGUUAACUAUUCUCAGAUUCACUUCUCCUACCCGACCAGAGACUCGAUUGAGGUGCUGAAAGGUCUCGAUUUAUCAGUCUUGCAAGGAAAAACCGUUGCUCUAGUCGGUCCUAGUGGGUGUGGAAAGUCCACUAUUAUUCACCUACUGGAGCGCUUUUAUGAUCCAGCUUCAGGCACUGUGUCUUUGGAUGAGGAUGAUAUUAAGUCCAUUACUUUAGCCUCAUUGAGGUCGCAUUUGGGAAUUGUCUCGCAAGAACCGAACUUAUUCAGUCGCUCUAUAGCAGAGAAUAUCGCCUAUGGAGAUAACUCAAGGCACUCUACUGACUCGGAAAUUAUCGAAGCAGCCAGAAAAGCCAACAUUCAUAACUUUAUUACGCAACUACCUGAAGGCUACAAUACGAAACUCGGGGAAAAAGGAACCCAGCUAUCUGGAGGCCAAAAACAACGAAUCGCCAUCGCAAGAGCUCUGAUUAGACACCCGAAGGUGCUACUGCUGGAUGAAGCCACCUCGGCUUUGGACGCAGAAAGUGAAAAGGUUGUCCAGGACGCUCUGGACAAUGCCAAACAAGGCAGGACGUGUUUAACAAUAGCGCAUCGCUUAACAACCAUCCAGGACGCCGACUUGAUAUGCGUGGUAAAUAACGGGGUUAUUGUCGAACAAGGGGCCCACACAGAUUUAAUUGAGAGAAACGGGUUGUACUAUCGGUUAUACGCCCGUCAACAUUACUUUCUGUAGAUUAUGUACAACUAUUAAAUAUUGUUAAAAUUGUAUUAUAUGUAUAGAACUUGUAAA